GCCAGUAGUGACGCGAAAAUGGCGUCCUCCGCUGCCCGGCUGACUACACGCUGGUUAACAGCAUCAGUUUCUUCUGGAUAUCGUAGCGGCCGUUUUCUCAUUAUUUCAUCCGGGAAUGGAGGAGUUUGUCCAGCGACCAUAUCACAGACACACCGGGCAGGGACAGCGGUUAGCCUGAGCUCUUGGACACGCGGAAAUGCCGUGACAUUGAGAGAACUGACAGGGGUGAGAUGUCCCCAUGGGAUUAGCUGCUGCUCUUUCCACUCCAGCAGCAGACUAGCAAACAAGCAGGACUUGUAUGAAGUCCUGGGCGUCUCCCGCACUGCCUCACAGAAGGAGAUCAAGAAGGGCAUGGGCUUCGGAAACAUCAACAGCAUGUUUGAAGAAAGGCCAGAAUUUGUGAUGGAGCUUACGUUUUCGGAGGCGGCAAAGGGCGUGAAUAAGGAGCUGAGUGUGAACAUUGACGACACGUGCCAGAGGUGUGACGGGAGGGGCAACGAGCCGGGGACUAAGGUGUCUCACUGUCACUACUGCAAUGGCACAGGGAUGGAGUCGAUCAGCACAGGACCCUUCAUGAUGCGCUCAACGUGCCGGCGCUGUGGUGGGAAAGGAUCCAUCAUAAACACGCCCUGCGCCCUGUGCAGAGGUUCAGGCCAGACUAAGAAGAGGCAGACGGUCACUGUGCCCGUACCUGCCGGAGUGGACAAUGGUCAGACGGUGCGAAUGUCAGUAGGAACUAAAGAAAUCCUCAUUACAUUCAGAGUUCAGAGGAGCCCGGUGUUCAGACGUAGUGGAGUAGACAUCCACUCUGAUGCCUUCAUCUCAAUAGCGCAAGCCGUUCUGGGAGGCACAGCCACCACACAGGGCCUCUAUGAAACCAUCAGUAUUGUGAUUCCUGCCGGCUGCCAGGCUGAUCAGAUCAUCAGGCUGCAGGGGAAAGGCAUUCGGAGGAUAAACAGCUACAGCUACGGAGAUCAUUAUGUUCACAUUAAGAUCAAAGUGCCCAAGAAGUUGACUCGGAGGCAGCGCUCUCUUCUGCUGAGUUAUGCAGAGGAAGAGACGGAGGUUCAGGGGACUGUCAGUGGCGUCAGUCCUUCAGGAGGAGGGGGCAGCAGCACUUCAUCCACCAGCACGAAGUCAACCGCAUCAGAGGAGGAACAGGACAAGCAGAAGGAGAAAGAGGAGGAGGGAGGCUUCUUUUCCAAACUAAAGAAAAUGUUUAGCUGACACUGAGACUGCAGGGAAAUAAAGAAGCAAGCAAAACAAUGGUGUAAAGGAAGAUGAAAGAAUCUCCACACCGGUCCUCCACGCCAUCUCCUCUUGCUUUAAAAAUCCAGCCAGGAGUAGAAGGAAGAGAGAAGCACAGUGGUGUUUGUGUUGACACAGUCACACAUUGUUGAACUUGGAGUUGUAGAACGAGUCAGGGCCACCCACAUGACGAAAUUUAACCACAAGCACAGACGGGUGCUCGGCGGAGAAUUUCUUGAUGUGCUCACAAAUAAACCAGAAAGUGAUUUUUGCUUAUUUUUCUGUUACCUCUCAUCCCUCCUUAUUGUCUUUGAAGCUGCUCGAUGAGGCAGUGCUCCACAGACAGUAGUUCUGUCAAAUUGUGUAAGACAACCAGACAACCUUUGAAUGUAAAUGUGUUACAAGUAAAAACAUGCUAAAAGGAUUGCAACUGGAUAAAGAUUGACAUGGAUUUUUCACAUUGGAAUUAUGUCAUGGCCUACGUGAUGCUAUAUGACAGCUAAAAGGUUCCCAUCAACUUCCAAUGUCCUUAAAAAUGAAGCAUGGCUGUAAAUUCUUGGUAAAGCAAAGUCUGAAGUUUGACUCUAGUUAUAUUGAAAUUUUAGGCAGUGUAAUAAAAGGAAAUGCAGCUAUUGCAACUGCAGUAAGCCGGUGAUCAGCAGAUGAUUGCAAGAUUGGCUAAGGUGAAAACAUUCACUUCAAUCAGUGUUACACCCAGACUUUCCACUACAUUUCCAUAUAAUUUCUAUACACUGAUAUAAUCUGAGAACAGGUUUAAAUUGAUAUACAUUGACCUGUUAAAGAGAUCUUCCUGCAACUUAACUUUUUAUUUUGAUUUGUUCUAUUAAAUAAAAAUAGGUUAACUUUUACAA